UUUUUGUUUUUGUUUUUUUUUUUUAAAGCCCUAACUUACCGGGUCGAACACUCGCUACUCAAGUGCGAAUGCAGGAAGGCCAGUUAUUUCCCUCCCUUUCUCCCGGACGCCGGUUGCCGCCCGCAAUGCAGGCCGGGGCCGGCGGGCGGAACCCUCGGCGCGGGGCCGGUUUCCGUGCGGGCGGCGAAUUGCGCAGCCCCGCCAUGGCGGCGGAGGGAGAGGAUCCGCUGGGCUACUUCGCGGCCUACGGCAGCUCCAGCUCCGACUCGGAGGCCGACGAAGCCUCGGCCGAGGAGCGGCAGACGGGAGCCGGCGCGGCGGCGGGGAGCAGCCCGGGAAGCCGGCCGAAGCUGCCGCCGCCGGACGAGCUCUUCCGAAAGGUGUCCCAGCCGCCCGCCUUCCUCUACAACCCGCUCAACAAGCAGAUCGACUGGGAGAGCCGCGUCCUGCGGGCGCCCGAGGAGCCGCCCAAGGAGUUUAAGGCGUGGAAGACGAACGCCGUGCCGCCGCCGGAGGUGUACAGCCCGCCCGAGAAGAAGCCUCCGCCGGCCCCCGCCGUCGACAUGGCCAUCAAGUGGUCCAACAUUUACGAGGACAACGGCGACGACGCGCCGCGGCCCGCCGGCAGAGCCAGGUUCCUGCCGGAGGAGGAGGAGGAGGAGCAGGCGGUGUCAGAUGAUGAAAAGGAUGAUGAACCAGCUUAUGCUAAGAAACGGAAACUAGACUCUGGGGAGAAGACAAAGAGGAAGAAGGUAUAAGCAGAAUACGCUUGGUUUUAGUGUGAUGAGAAUUUAAAUGAACUUGGAUUCCUCUGGAAUGUGGAACAAAUACAUGUUUACUGAAUUUCUCUCUCCUGUUGGGUAGGGAAUUUUAUUUCAGCAGUAUGCUUGCCUUUUGGAAAGCACAAAACUUAACGGACAGUGUUGUGGUAGAAACUCAUCUGCUAAACAAAGUUUAAACCUGUUAAUUUAAAGAGGUGUCUUAAAACGUUGUGAUGGAGACUUCUGCUCAUGGGUACAGGAUUCACUGGUAUUUUGUUUAUCAAGAAACCUGGUAGCGUGAGCUUUUCUUGACUGAUUUUUUCCAUUGUGUCAAAGCCUUUUAUAAAGGAGCAUAUACUAAAGAUUCUUUGAGUAUUGUACUGUGAUUUGUUUGAAUGAUGCUGUUUUGAAAUUUAUGUAAAGAUAGUCACUGGAAUAAAACUACAUUUCGAAACAUCUGUGAUAUAAAUGUUGCACUGCAUGCCUGUUGAGUGGGCGCAAUUAAUUCUGUACUGUAUGCAUUUCGGUGCUGUAUUUCUGAAGACUCAACAAUCCUCAGGGUUUUGAUUGUAAUAAAUACACAACUGCAAACAGAAAUAUUGACCUAAAAGUGGAGUUUAAUAUUAGAUAAAUCCUGAUAUUGUAUGUUCUACAUCAUAAAACAUGAAGCUAACUGAUAGAGGAAUUGAAGCAUUUGAUGUAUUCUUCCAAAAGCUGAAAGUAGCAGCUAGAUAUGUACAUAAGGAAUAUUAAGAUAAAGCUAUGGCAGAGCCUUUACUGUCAAAUUAUGUUUACUUCAGUGCUAAUGCUAGUUAAGCUUUUCAUAGUAUUUGAGCCAGUGCAUGCUGCAUCUGUGCUAACUGCUGCUUGGAAUUUGGGGUCUGUAAAUAGAAAAAGUAACAAUGGGCUUUGAGGGGAAGGUAAGGGCUGCUCUAGGUUUAUUGUCAGCUGAAGCAUCUCUGCCUUAGAAAUCUGCACUGAGAUCUGCCUACUGAUACAGGUUUAUGUGGUUAAGCAAUCAGUGUGCAUGUCAAUGUUCUACAUUUUCCUUCUGUGUUGAGCUAACUUGAAUUUGGUAGAUUUUAUACCCAUAUGUAUAUUUAAUAUUCAUAUUUUUAAGUGAUCUUUAAGACAUAUUCUUUUAACCUAAGCAUAGAAAAGUGUAUUUGUGGUUAGUGAGUAUAUGCAGCUUCAGUCAUCUACUUCAGGUUGCAAUUGUCAUGAGCUACUGUUUAAGAUCAAAUGGUUUGAGCUCUUUUUACAGAGAAAGGAAUUACAGUUUUCCUGAUGUGUUGAAUUCAGUGUCUCUGAAUGAAAAUGCUCCCUCUGGUCAGUUCUCUGUAUCUUCUGAUAUCUCUGAUAUUGCUGAGAAUUCAGCAGAUGGCUGAAAUUUGAGGGAUUUGACAUGAGGUGUGGGAUUCAAUGGACUGCCUAAUUCAAGACUCACAGCAGUAAGCCUCUCUGCUGCUGAAGUGCUGCUCGAAGUGUGUUACAGCUGAAGGUUAAUGUCACUAGCUCUGGAAAUAGGUUGCAUUCCCACAAUAGCCAUGGCCAAGAAGGCUUUUGUCCUCGUAUUGUGUGCCCUGCCUUUCUGCGAGGCAGCUCAGGAAGUUAGCAUGCUAAUUGCUCCUUUUGUUUUCAGAUAAUACAAUAUACUUGGUGUCCGGUUGUCUUGAAGCUAACAUUGUCAAAUAUUCAGUUUCCAAGGAGAAAAGCAGCAUGUCUAAUCAGAGAGAAGAAUGAUUAAUUGUGUUAUUUAGGCGCUUAGGGAAACCUCAUUGUAAACAAGGACCAUGGCAGCAUCCCUAUUCAGGAUACAUGGCAAAGACAACUAUCUGUCUUCUUAGGACAUCUGAAACAAGAAAGCCCGUCUGAAGUGGAGGCACCCAGAUGAACUGAUUCUGUUGGUGGAUAAGUUUUAUUGGUAGAGGUGGCUUGAGUCUAGGGAAGUUCUAGCAUUGCUGCUCAUGAAGCAGGCAGACCCUACAAAGAAGCCCAGAGUAGAGAGGGGACUGACCUUUCUGUGCUCAGAGACAACAAUAUGUCUGUUUUUUCUGAGUAACUGAGAUUGUCUAAAGGAAAUUUUGUAUCCUCAGUUGUAAAGGGAACUGCAGGCCUUCCAGGCAUGGCUAACCUAAAAGCAAAUUAUGGCUCUGAAAUUCAGAAGAAUGAGAGGCAUUUGGAAGUUCAGUCUGUGGGGCUACAGCCCAGAAAGCUUCCAUUGAGAGCUCUGUUUCUAGUGGCAAGCUUUGAUAGCAUGGUACUUACUGAGCAGUACUGAGCUCUGGAGGGAGAAAAGCAUGGCGUGUGUAUCUGGUACAAAGAGGCUGGUUGGAGCAGCUGGGUUGGGCUGGAUAGAACACCACUGGUAGCCAGGAGAGGAAAAAAAGAAGAGAAAGCUCACUGAUUUUUGUGAGGAUUAGUAAAGUUUUACUCAGAUACUCUACAACGCUUCUAAGAAAAAAUGGUGGUAAACUAAAUUAUAAUCCUCAUCUGGGGUUGGACUUCCAGGUCAAAAUUACAAAUGAAUUAUCAAUGAUACAAAGAACUGUGAGGCUGCAAAGUUACCAGCUGCUGUUCAGGUUCCUCGAAGAUGUCCGUAUUCCAGGGAGGAUGUCACAGCCUUGUGAUUAUAGGAGUGCAUCCAACACGUGCAGUGGAAAAAGAGGCUCUUCUCAGUGCUCUUUUUGGACGAGUAGGAGUGAUGCUGAUUCCCAAAGCAGGAUGAAAAUGGUAAUGAUGUAGUGCUUAAAAAAAGGAGAUGAGGUAAGUGUGAAGAAAUGAGCAAUAAGAAGCUUUUCUAGUUUAUUUCAGAAGCUGAAGAGAAAAGAUGAGAAGCUGAAGGGCAAAGUGAGGUUUGGGCUGCUAAUAGAGAAAAUUUGCCUCCUCUGUGCAAUGGGAUCUGGGAAAUGCAUGAGUGAGUGCUUACUGAACUUAAACUGAUAGCUCAGCUCAAAAAUGUCUGCCUAGAGAACAGUUUGUCCUGGAUUGUCUUUCAAGAGGAAACAGUGACAGGGAACAUACACCUCCACUUACACAUGUGGAAUAUUGGCUUUGAAAAUCAGCCUGUUACUAACUCAGCACUUGCACUGUUUUUAUGAUGAAUCAAAUGUAAUGAUGAUCAUUAUGUGUAAUGGGGGUUAAAAAAAAAAA